UAUUGAUUUCGAAGAGUGGCAACUUCAAUGAAGUUUUCGGAACUUUCCAUUUCUAUCAUCGGUUAUAUUAGUCUGCUUAUUAAUAGUGUGUUGAAGUGGUACCGUGAAUUCGGAAAUUUAUAAAGUAUGAUAGUAAAUAACUUGAUGCGCACUUUUAAGAGUGCUCGAGUUUUCAAUCCACAAAUUAGCUGGGCUCUUAAUAAGCAUACUCUACCUGAUCUUCCUUAUGACUAUGGAGCAUUAGAGCCAACAAUUUCUGCAGACAUAAUGAAAUUGCAUCAUUCUAAACAUCAUGCUGCAUAUGUUAACAAUUUAAAUGUAGCUGAGGAAAAAUUGGCAGAAGCUACAGCUAAAGGUGAUGUUUCAACAAUAAUAAGUCUUGGACCUGCUCUAAAAUUUAAUGGUGGAGGCCAUUUAAAUCAUUCUAUUUUUUGGCAAAAUUUAUGUCCAUCUGGCGGUGAACCACAAGGUGAUCUGCUGCAGGCAAUCAAAUCUGAUUUCUCUAGUUUAGAUAACUUAAAGAACCUUAUGAGUGCUGCUGCUGUUGGUGUACAAGGCUCAGGCUGGGCUUGGUUGGGAUUUAAUCCUGUUACAAAAAGAUUGCAAGUUGCUACUUGUGCAAAUCAAGAUCCUCUGCAAGCUACAACAGGUCUUGUACCAUUAUUUGGAAUUGAUGUUUGGGAACAUGCUUAUUACUUGCAAUACAAGAAUGUGAGACCUGAUUACGUCAAAGCAAUAUGGAAUGUUGCUAACUGGAAAGAUAUUGGAGAAAGAUUUGCAAAGGCCAAGAGUUCGUAAAUUAAAAAUGAAUAUUUAUAUUAUUUUUUAUGAAAAUUGUGAAUGCUGCAGAAGUGUUUAUAUUAGAAUUUGUAACAUUAAAAAGUUUAUUUGUUUUGUGAUUCUUAAUAAAUUUUUAGAUGUCUGUUUUUCUUAUAAA